AAAGCUUGGGGUGGCAGGGGCAGGGAUGGAAAAAGCAGGGGCACCCCAGUCUCCCCUUGUCUGCUAGGCCUUGCCAGAGAAAAUAUACGACAAGGUGGAGGAUUAUAUGUGACAGGAAGAGGGAGGGAAGGAGGAGGAGAAAGAGAGCAGAAUAUACUUGACUGAAAAGAGAUGUACAUGCCAGGUAGAGCUUUAUGUACACAGAUCAGUGAAGACAGAGCGGAAAGGUAUAUAUGGCAAGUAUACAGGAACAGAGCGAAUCUUGAUCAGGGAUUCAUUACCCCGCGAAGCACUGUAAUUACUUCUUGUGGCUUUAAAGAAUAGGGGAAAUAAAUAUGUUUUAUUGUGGGUGAGAUAAUAGAGUAACUGGAAUAAGUAGCGGUAGGUAACAAUAGUUGGUAGUCAUUCCAGGUUACUUCAUUAACCCUGUGUAAAAUACUGCCAUGAUCUGUAUAUGAUACGAUAGAGGUGAAGAGGGCAUUGCGGAAAAGUGCGUGCAGAGAAAUAAACAGGGAAGUUGAAGAUUAUAUCUGUCCCUAAUGCUACUAUGCAUGAACACUUGAAAGAAGAGAAGCCUUCUUGACGACUCUAGCUGAGAAACACACAGGCUUGCGCAUAAGGUCCUGGACUGUCAUGUCCUUCAGUGCCACCAUCUUGUUUUCCCCUCCCAAUGCCAAAGACGGAAAAUGUUGCUGCUGUACUUGCAAGCAAGAGCCAGGAGCUCAAACAACAGCACCACCGCCACCACCUCCACCACCGCCAUCCCCACCAUGUACCCCCAUAACGGUUACAGGAACUGGGUUGGCGGUACAGUCUUCGGACCAGCUCCUCCACAUUAUCUACCAACGUGUGGAAAAAGCGGUGAGCCUUGCGGAGGUGGCGCUGGGUUUGGCGAAGGCCAACAACGAAGCCUUGAAACGCCUGGAGGAGGAUGUGGGAGCCCUACGCCAGGGGACACCCCCUACCCUCAAAACCAGCCCUCAGUGCCCUCCUGAAGAGCGCCAAGAGGAUGAGGAAGGCGAAGACGAGGAGGAACAAGAGGCGGAAGGCUUCCGAAAUGGUGUCCAGGUGGUCAUUGAAGAACUGAGACAACUGGGAGCGGCGGCGGCGGCAGGGCCACCGGGACACUUGGGUUUUUCGCCUGUGCAGCUGGGAACUGGCGGGGUAGCAGAAGAGUCUCCCUCUGGGGAAGCCUCCAUGCAACGGGUCUAUGCUGCACCUACUUCUCCUACCCCUCACCAGUCAGCCCUACAGUCACUGGAUGAUUCUCUCUCCUGUGCAGAGGUGUCCCCCAACAGCACCACAUUGGAGGAGUCCAUGCAUGGGGAGCCACGGUUCUCUUUGGGCUUUGCGAGUCUUCCUUCUAGAAGCCGAAGCAGUGGACAGAAGAACGCGAGACGCAAGAGGGAUCUAGUGCUUUCAAAACUGGUCCACAACGUUCACAACCAUGUCACCAAUGAUAAGAGAUUUGAUGGCUCUGAGAGCAUCAAAUCUUCAUGGAAUAUCUCUGUAGUGAAAUUCUUGCUGGAAAAAUUGAAGCAGGAAUUGGUAUCAAAUCAGCAUAAUUAUACUGACAAAGAACUAAAAGGUGCUUGUGUGGCCUACUUUCUGACCAAGCGACGUGAAUAUCGCAAUUCUCUCAACCCCUUCAAAGGGCUCAAGGAGAAGGAAGAGAAGAAACUCCGCAGCAGACGCUAUCGGCUUUUCGCAAACCGUUCAGGUAUGGCACGCAUGCUAAGCCCUGAAGAUCAGUGUAUGUGGCAAAGUGUAACUGAGGAGCUCAUGUCAGACGAGGAAGACAGCAUGAGUGAGCCAGGUGUGUGGGUAGCACGGCCCCCACGAUUCCGUGCGGCUCCUCUCACCCGUCUCUGUUACCGACUGGAUGCCAACUCAAAGCAUGGUACCAAAGCUAACCGGGUUUAUGGGACACCUUCGGAUCGUCUGCCCUCUGCUGAAGUCCAGCUCCUGCCUCAUCAUCUCUAUAACCCUCAUUUUCAAGAGGAUGAAUCUAGGGCUGGCACAUCUCCUCACCCUCCCAGUCACAAAAGCUUCUGCCCUGACCUCAAUUCUUUUGUGGAGAUCAAAGUGGAAAAGGAUGAAUGACCGCAAAUGGUUAACCUUGCGUUAUAUGGCAGCCAGAGUAAUGAGGAAGUGACAAGAGGGUCAGCCGAGACACUGUUGCUAUCAGCUGAGCUCAGCUCCUUCCUUCAGAUGAAUAGGAAAACAAAAGGGUCUUCCAUGCCCCAAAUGGCUUUUAUAGACAGACACCUCUUUAUAGGGAACCCCUAUGGACAACACUGAAAAAGGGAUCCCUUUACCAUUAAAAUGGCUGGUCUAUACACAACAUGAACCUGAGUGGUAUAGGAUUGUGAAAAGGAAAUUCUCUCCUCUGAGCUGGAAUUAAGGCAUUUGAAAGUAAGGAUUGCCAUAAAAACUAAUUGCAUGAUGGGAUGUUUGAAUCAGAAACUUGAGAGAACUCUUCUAACCUCACAAUUACUUUGUUUUGCCCUUGAGUUUCUGAUAACAGAAAACCAACUGUGGAGGAGUUGCUGGAAGGAUGGGGAGUGCUCUCUACUUGGCGGAGCUUUCUUUGGACCAGGAAUUAACCUCCUAACCUUUAGGAGAAUAGUGGAGGGUCUCUUCCUAGACUUCAUAAAUGUUAAUGACAUUAAAGAACCAACAUAAACAGUCCAUAUUGAUAUUGAAUUUGACUACUCUUACCUGCAUCUGUGUUAGAUGGGUGGGAGAUUAUGUUUCCUUAAUUUUCUCUUGGGUUCAAAGGAAUAAAGAAUAAAGCAACUUGGCUUGAGGGAAAUUGUUGGGCUACACUUUAUAAAACUGAGAUGGCCUGAAGAAAUGGUGUUUAACCAUAACCUCUUAGGAUCUGAGUAUCCAUUGAGUGAGGGGAGAUGGCCAUGAAAGGAAACGCCUCCUGAAGUAACAGGCUGAUUUUUCUGAUUCUUUUUUAAGUUUCUUCUUCUUCCUCAUCUUUGCAAGCCUGGGUUUUCCUUGGAAAUGCUUGAUUAAGAAAACUAUCUUGAAAUCCAGGACUUGUAGGUCUUAAUUAUUUUUACUGGCAGGAAGAUUAAAGAUUUUACAUGUAGAAUGAAGAACAACUGAUAAAAGACAACCAUCUUGGGUUUAGUGUUUUGCUGGCAUCAGGAACUAGGCUCCUAGAAAGGCUGUCUCAUCAUUGCCAGGUUCUUGGGACCCUAACGCAGAAGAAAACACAAGCCUGGGUUUCAUGCAGGAAAGAAAACAUCAGUUUAUUAUUUUUUGCAGGAAAUAAUUAACUUAAAAUGUACACUACUUUAAAAUGACAGAGUCCUGUGAUACCAUUAAGACAAAUGGAAUAUUGUAGCCUGAGUUUUUCUGGAUUACAGCCUGUUUCCUCAAAUGCAUUGAG